AUGUCGCUCGUAAUACUGAUAGGACUGGUAGCAUUGCUCCAUAUUUCGGUCGGUUCUGAUACGCCAUGUCUGAAUCACGGCGGGAUCUGCCAAUAUGAUAGCAAUACCUGUUCCGGUAACUACAUCAGCAACUUGUGUUCCGGCUCCGCGUCACGGAGAUGCUGUGUGACGUCAUCAGACCCGUGUGCUGCUAUAGGCGGCGUAUGUCAGUAUGACCAUUUAUACUGUACCGGAUCUUACGUCACAGGGAAGUGCAGCGGGGGCGCCACUAAUCGUUGCUGCACAUCGCACCACAUAGGAGGAACCAGUAAUUCCAUUUGUGAUAAUAUACAAGUGGUCAGUCGUGAUACUUGGGGCGCGAGAGGGCCAACCCACAUAACGCCAUUGAAUCAUCCCGUACACCUGUUUUUCGUACACCACACUGAUGGCCAUACCUGUCAUAGCGAGGGUGAAUGUGCUGGAGUACUACAGGGUGUACAGAACUACCACAUGGACUCCAGAGGUUACAAUGACAUCGGCUACAGCUUCCUUAUUGGUCAGGACGGACGUGUGUAUGAGGGUAGGGGAUGGGGCGUCGUUGGCGCGCAUACGCUGCACUACAACUCACUCGGUUACGCGGUUUCGUUCAUGGGUAACUUUAUGAACAGUCUACCUUCAGAAGAAUCCCGUAACGCUGCCAAGGCGCUUGCUCAAUGCGGGGUCAGCAAAGGUUAUAUUGAAGGUGACUACAGUUUGUAUGGUCACCGAGAUGUUGGCAACACCGACUGUCCCGGAGAUUCACUGUAUGCUGAGAUCAGGACUUGGACCAAAUAUAACUAUACCCACUCAGCGACCAUACACUGA